UGCAUAUUAUUAAUUUAUUACUUUGUAUGCAUUUUUUAAUAAUUUAUGGAUUUGUUUUGAUUUAGAUACAUGUUCUAAAUCUGCGUAUCCUGUAAACAACUUAUUAUUCAUAUCGUGUCAUAUAUUUUUUCUUUGUUUUAAAAUAUAUAUAAAGACAGAAAAUUCUAUGCUGCAUUAUAGUCAAUCUUGCUCUCUAAGAUGAAUACUCCUUCAAUAUUUAUUUUUGAAAGCCUAGAGAAGAAGAGACUGCCAACUAAAUUGUUGGUUGUUUUUUUGAAAAAUUUAUUUAGAUAUGGGUUGAAAGAGGUGAAAGUGGUAAAUGGUAGAGUACAUUUAUAUCUAUCAUAUUCACCAAAAAAUGCAACAGUCGAAGGAAAAAUAAAAAAUUUACCGCUACAGUAUAUCAGGGUGGUAGCAGAAGACGAAGCAGAACUGCAACUAUUCCUACAGGGCAUGAAGGAAUUUUCGAAUGUAAAUUUUUACCCUUCUAUUGAGGAAGAAAAUACAACAACAAGUCAAACAGAGUCUUCACACCACCACCACCGCCCUGAUGAAGUGCAGGAGCCCAAACAGAAAAAGAUAAAAAUUUUGGAGAACAGAAUGGUGUACCCAACAUCAUCGCAACAGCAACAACAAGAAUUAAUAGAGGUUUACGAUGACGAUGCAGACGAGUACGAGGGACAGAAAUAUACCGUUUUAUCAUUAUAGAUAUUAUUAUAGUCUAUCUAUAUUUUAAUAAAUAAAAUACAUUAUUAUUAUUUUCAAUGUUUUAUUUAAAAGUUUUGCUUUUUACAAUAAGUAUACCAAUAAAAUAGGAAAUAUGCAUUUUCAACUGCACAAUAUAAACUACUAUCUAAAUGUUUUAAACAAUGAUAAGAUUUGAAUACAUUUUUUAAUUGAUCAAAUGAUGGACAUCUUUCUAUAUGUAAAUCAAUUAUUUCAUUAUCUAAAAACUUUUCUAACCAUUGCUUCUUUUCUGCCCCAUUAACAGCAACAAUUUCUGAACACACGUGUUUUUUAAUGAAACUCGAAAUAUCUUCAUACGGUAAACAUUUUUCUUCUCCAUACAAAACAUCAAAUUUUAAACCAUGGAAAUUGCAAGUUAUCCAUUCCAUAUGAUCUCUAACUUUUGAAUUGUACUGUUUCAAUUCAAAUGGAUAACUUAUAAAUUUAUGUGCAGCCAAAUGUCCAUUGUCGUUAACGUUGACUAUUGCCAAUUCUUUACAAAUAAAAUUUCCUGAUCCAUACUGAAAGCCUUGUACAUCAAUAAUAAACAUUUUGAAUAGCGAUGAUGAUAUGUCUAUUCGCUUAGACUGACUACGAACGACUGACUUUUUUGUUUAGUUUUUAAAGCACUCUUACAGUGCUUGUUAGUGGGUUGUAUUUUACUAAUUUAUCAUGUAAAAUUAAACAAUAUGCAGUAGUUUUGGCGGGCAUUAUUUCACCUGUUUCAAACUCAAUGCGAAUAUCGACUGCACCACCCUUUAAAAUAUCCUCUCCUUGACGUGAACAAUCAAUGACCACCAGAGGGGCAUUGUUCUUGAACAGAAUGGGAUAGUAGGUUGGUUCACUAAACGCUUUAUAGUAGUAUGAUUUUUGGAAUUGAGUAUACAUUUCAUAUAGGACUGCAUAUCUAUUAUUAGUAAAAUCUAUAUUUAAAUUGUCAUAAGGAUAUACUUCUGAGUUUAAAUAUACUUUUAAAUUGGUCAAGUUACAAUGUUGAAAUCGACUCAUAUUUUUUGUUAUAUGAUUUUUUACAUCUGUUUGAAAUCCAAUAAUAAUAUAACGAGGUUUUUCCAACUGAUUACUCGAUUUAACAGCCCAUGUAUGGUUUUUAGUUUGUUGCAAUUCUGGAUAUUCAUGCAGUUCCCAACUCCUAAAGGCAAUCGGUAAAUCUCUGUUGU